AUGUAUUCCACGACACUCACCGUGGGGAGCUUUCUGGCCUUAACCCUAACCGCCCUUUCAGCAUCCCUUCCCCAGAUCCCCCAACAGCAGACCGGAUCACCCGCAGCAGCUCUACCACCCUCCAAGGAUGCGUGGUACACGGCACCCGACAAUCUCACUUUCUCCACCCCCGGCACUGUAUUACGCGUCCGCCGCGAUCCAUUGAACCUCUACGCCCUCAUCGGCACGAACAUCUCCUGCGCGAGCUACAACAUUCUCUACCGCACGACCAACGUCCAGAAUCGGCCCACCUUUGCUGUGACCACUCUCUUCGUCCCUGCGAGCAGCCAAGCCGCAUCUGACCGACUGCUCUCAUACCAAAUACCAUACAACUCUCCCUGGGUAGACGCAAGCCCCUCAUACGCUCUGGCAACCGACCUCAACGGUACAUUUGGCGACAUCGCAGCCGCCCUGGAGCAAGGAUGGCAUGUCUCUGUACCAGAUUUCGAAGGCCCCCAGGCCACAUUUGCUGUCGGCGUGAAUGAGGGCUAUGCGGUGCUUGACUCGGUGCGAGCCGCAACCGACUUCUCUUCCUCCCUGGCCGGUUCACCGAAACGAUGGCAAGCCGCGCUCUGGGGGUACUCCGGCGGUUCGAUCGCCAGCGUCUUUGCUGCAGAACUGCACGCUGCGUACGCGCCCGAGCUCACCAUCGCUGGAGUUGCGGUCGGGGGACUCCCGGCUCUCUUCGCCAAGGUCCUUGACGCUGUCAACCGGUCUCCGGCCGCAGGGGUUAUCCCAUUGGCGCUCUGGGGCUACGCGAAUGCAUACCCGGCUGUGGAAAGAUAUCUUCUGAAUCGACUGACCCCGGAAGCUCGAGCAAGCGAUGUCUUCACCAAAGCGCGCAACAUGACUGGCCUGGAGGCGGGUGUCGCAUACCUAGGGGCAGAUGUAUAUUCGUAUUUCGUCGGUGGCAGGGAUGACAUCCAAUCCUCGCCGCUUCUGCAUUUCCUCUUCGGCACCCAGGGCACUAUGGGGCGGCAUGGCCUGCCGCAUAUGCCGGUGUACGUGUAUCAUUCGAUUAACGACAAGCUGGCACUGGUGAACUACGUGGAUGCCCUGAUUGAGCACUACUGUGCGGAAGGAAGUCUCGAAAGAGGUAAAGGAGGAGUGAGAAUCGUAUAUGAGAGGAAUUCAGUUGGGGGGCACGGGGCAGAAGCGAUUAACCAGGAUGCGGAUGCGCUCAAGUUCUUGUCUCAGGCUCUCGAUGGGCAGCUGGGGGCAGGGUGGCCAAACAGGCAGGGCGAAGGUUGUGUUAUAAGGAAUGUUUCCGUGGGCACAGACACGAGUCUGGACUGGUAG